AUGUCAAACAUUUCAUCAUUAGAAGCAUCAUUAAGAAAUUUUCCCAAGAUGCCAUCAACUGUUUCAACUAGAGAGCAUUCCUUUUUAUCACAAUUUAUGAUGAGUAUAACCAUAGUUAUUCUUCUCAUUGGCUCUUGUCCGUAUGUCUCAUCUUCACCAACAUUCACUGACCAUAAUAAUAAAAUCAAUUAUGAAUCAAAUGGAUUUAUGCUUAAUCCAAAUAAUUAUCAAGGAGUAUCAGCAGCAGGUGAAUCAUCAUUAUUAUCGCCAACCGUCCAACAUUCAUUUUCACCAUUAUUAUCAUCAUUGCGCUAUACACAACCACGCACAUAUGCCAAUCAAUUUUUAAUGUCGCAUAUUGAUGACAAUCAUGUAGUUAUACCAAAAUGGUCUCCAAGAUUUAAUAAUUAUGAUCAAACAAAUGAUGAUCAUGACGAUUUAGAUGAUUAUUUUCCAUCGGCUAUGUUAUUGAAUAAGCGAGCAAAAUUUAAUUACAAAGGAAAGAUCCCACCAGUAUACAAACGUAAACAAUUAACAAAACCACCUAUGGAAGUCUUGAAUGAAAUUGUCAAUUCUAUUUAUCUUAAACGUUAG